AUGCCAGCGCUGACUGGCGGCCUUAUAUUUUUUACGACCACGAUUUACUCAAGCAUUUCGGGGUGCUCAUCUGUUGAGAAUUUUCUCCCCUCUGCGGUCGCAACCAUCGCAUGUACCGUUCGUCCAUGGGGUCCGUCAUGGUGGGAUGGUCGUCAGUUUGCUACAAGAUGUUUCAUUGUUUUGCUUUCAACAUUUUUAAUUUUAUAACG